ACUUUAUUUUCUACUAUACCAAAAAAAGUGGGUAAAUUUACAAUAAUGUCUGCUACAAAUGAUAUAGAGAAUUUUCAGGAAAGGAGAUAUACGCUUUAUAAGCUGAAAACAACGUUUAACAAAUUGGAAAGGUUAAAAUCAAUGACUUUCAGACGUUCAAUUAUUUGUGCUUUUUCUUGGACCGUGUCACUUGCACUUGGUAUUUUUCUUCUCAUUACGGAGGAAAAUAACAUGAAUAUUAAGAGCAUUAUUUCAACUUUCUUGCUUGGAGCAGGAAGCAUAGGGACUUUAGUUGGUAGUUUUUUAUCUUUUAUAAAACUUUUUCCCAUAAAGGAGUUGGACACUAAAGAAUGUUUUGAUGAUACACUUGUUAAAAAUUCAGUACAAAAACAUAUUGUAAAAUCAUGCGAGACAGAAUUAAGUUCAAACGAAUUAGAAAAUAUAGAACAACAUAGUAAGGAUGGACUAUGUAAGAAUAAUAGUUAUGAACUAACGAAGG